AUGGCUCCAAAGCGUGGCAUGUCGAUCGAGCCGACGGAUGAGCAUCAGGAGUUCAUGAAGGAUUUGGCGGAGUUCCAUAAAAAGCGAGGGACAAAUCUAGAUGUCACGCCCAAAGUGGGCAUUCGCCAUAUCGACCUCUACAAACUCUACAACCGCGUCGUCGGCGAAGGCGGGUAUGAUUUAUGUUCGGACACCAAAGCGAAGCCGCUCAUGUGGCGGACUUUCGCGGAGGAAUUCGUCGGCCGCAACGUGUACACCGCAGCGCAGGCCUUCCAGGUGAAGAACGUGUACUACAAGAACCUCUGCGCCUAUGAGAUCACGCAUCACUGGAAGAGGGAGCCGCCGCCAAAGGAGAUCCUCGAGGACGUCACGGCCAAAGGUGGAAAUGUCAUGUCAAGGACGCUGGAGAACUUCGUCAAAUCCUCCGCUCGCGACUCGGAACCUGCGACGAACGGCGACCGUGCUGGCGAGGGCAGUCCUGAGGCGCAGAGGACGCCGAAGGACGAGCGGAUGACGGGCGAUCCGGAGGAUGUCGGCAGCGCGACGGGUCGUUCGCGAGGACUGCGGCAACAGCCCCCGCCGCGAGUCCUCUUCCAGCCAGAUCUCAGCUCGACGCGACAGCCGCGUGCGCAACCGCAGCAGCAGUUUCCAGGCUCUCUAUCGGCGCAAAAUUCACCUAUACCGGCUCCCACACCCAGCGUCAAUGGUGUGACCAAUUACUCUGCCAUGACCAACGGCUCGACUUCGCUCCUGGCAUCGUACGAGCCAUCACGUCCCGCCCCUCUCACAUUGAAACCCGUCACCACACCGGCCAACAACCCCGACUUCUACCGCAACGAGCGAAAAAGAAAGCUCGAGGCGGCGGCCGGUCCGCUCGCACGGAAGUAUAGGAACAUCAUGCUCCCCGGGACCGGCUUCAUCGGACCCAACAUCUACGUGCGAGCGCAGUUGGCCCUGCAGAGCGGGAUCGCGGACGAGGAGCAGUAUGCGCUGCAUCAUCUGGUCAAGAUCAGCCACGAACGAGGCGACAAGUACCGCUUCGAUCAAUUCCCCGGUCUGGCCGACGCGCUGCUCAAGAAGAUCCUGCAGGUCACCGGCCUGUUCUACGAUGUCGAGUGGGAUGUCACGUACGACGACGAAAACGUGGUCCUCGAGGAGACGUUAAACGGCCUGACGGGGACACCGGACGUGCUCAAGAAGCUCCACGCACGACUUCUGCUCGUCACGGAUGACACCACUCUUCAACCGCGGUUUCUGCUUGAACUGAACCGCAUCAUUGAGGCUGGGCUGAUCGUCCGGAACAUGUCCUUGCAGGAUGAGAACGCCGUCUUUCUGGCGCGAUUACCGCUUAUGAGAGAUGUCAUAGCGGUGGUCCUCGCUCUGCCGAUACAUCCUGCGACCGUUGAACUCCGACAUUACGUGCUUGAAGUGGCGGAACAAGUGUUAAAAGAAGUCGAUGUCGGCCCCAAGGAUGCCAUAUACCAGGGCCUUAUCACAGAAGCCCUAGGGGAAGAUCGAGGCGCCAUCACGACUGCGCUGAGAACAAUCAGCCGCAUCGCAAUGAACCACCCUUCGCCCAAACGCCUAGAGGAUAUCCCAACGGCUUUGUUACAUCGCGUCCGUGAUUAUCUUUACGUCGAAGAUGAAGAGCUCCGUUCGGCAUGUCUGGAUUUCUUCAUGCAAUUCACGUCCUUCAAGAGCAAUGUCGAGAUCCUCCUUCGCAGUCUCGACGCACAGGAGCUCUCCCGUAACCUCAGCCGGUUGCUCUUCGCCUCUGCUCAAGAAGUUCGCGAUCCUCCAAGGCUCACACGUCACGAAUCCGAAGUCAAUUCCACUCCGCUCACCGUCCCACGCCUCUCCAAGACUCUCGUUGAGAAACUGCUCCUCAUCGACGAACCUGAACGAUCGUCCACUUGGCUCCGAAUGUGUUUCCUCCCGGAUCCUUCCUCCGAGAUGACACAGAUCUCUCUUUGGCAGGCCUAUCAGGGCACAUUCGCCCCCUACCAAGCCACUCGCCCGCACCUGAUCGCUGGCGAAUUCAUCAAGAACGUCAGCACCACUUUCGUGGGGGCAUCCGCCCAGGUCGCCGGCUCGAACAAAUAUGUCAUCAAAGGCAUCCGCGCGAGACGCAUUCCCAUCGACACUGGCGUCCUCUCGGGAUCGAAACUCUCGGAUAAGAGCAAAGAGCUCCAUCGUUGUCGCUGGGUCGUCACGCCGCUCCCACCGAAAUCUGCGGUCCCCGGUCAGCAGUCAAGUCCUAUUCUUCCGUUUGAUGGCGAAUGUCCCGAGUGGUUCCGCAAUAGCCAGGAGAUGCUCCAACAUAUCCUCGCGGAUCACCUCAAACUUCCGAAGAAAGCGCCGGUCGCGUCGCUGGACAUGACGGGCGAUCAUAUGGACGUUGAUCCUCCGCACUCGGUCAAUGGAAAUGCGUUGACGAACGGUGCCCCUCUCACAAAUGGCGUGACGCCCUUGCAGGCAACCUCGACGGACUCUGUUCAGUUCGAUUUCGCUGCGGCUGAUGCUGUCAAAUAUUCAUGCAACUGGACCGCUCGUGGCUGCUGUUCUCGCACCUCCGACUCACAUCCCUCACUACCGUCUUCCACCGAAGGAGGCGCCCCUACAGGCCUGAAAACACGACUCUUCAUCCGCCACAUCGCCACCCAUCUCCCUUCCUCAGCACCGACCUCCUCUCAAAGUUCUCCUCCCACCACCACCGCCGCCUCAUCUAAAUCCCUCACCCCAGCGGCAGCGACCACGGCUUUCAAAAUCCAAAUCCUCGAGGACGAAACAGGCGACGCCGCCGGCGUACCCCUCCGCGCAGCCCUCGUCCUCCGCAACAUCGCCCACUUCAUGCCCGCGCGCUUCCAGCCCGCAUUGCCGGCCUCAGCCAAAGACAUCGCGGCGGCCUACGGCCUCAUCGCCCCCGGCGAGACCCUCGCCACGCCCACGAAACCUCCCGCCAGCAAACGAGGCCGUCCCAGCACCGGCGCCGGCGGCGACACCACCGACCCCCCGGCCGACGCCCCGACCACCACCAGCACGCCUUCCAAGACCAACAAACCCCCCUCCUCGGACCCCAGCACCACCACCACCACCGCGGCCGCCGCCAACCCCGGCACCAACCUUCCCCUCAUGGCCGCCAUCUUCCCCGCCGAGGUCCGCGAGCGCUUCUUCCUCGCCCUCGCCCACUGCCGCCCCCUGCGCGACCUCCUCGCUCAGAUCCUCCGCGCCAUCCGCCGCGCCGAGGGCGACUCCCUCGACCCCCAGGGCAGGCUCGUCGGCGAGGAAUUCCUCGUCGAGACCGCGAGGGCCCGGCUCCUGAAAAAGUUGAAGGGCGACGCGGAUGCGGAGGGCGGUGAUUCGCUCGUGGUUUGA